AUGGAUGCAAAGUCCGAGAUCAAGCAUCGGCGUAACAUACGACACGCGACCACAGCCAACGCACCCGAGGAUGAUUUACUCGGGGUCACCGACCCGGCUCUGCGGCGACGCGUACAGAAUCGUCUAAACCAAAGAGCCUACCGCCAGCGACGAAACCCACGGAGUAGGGAUGACAAACUGCUUUCGAAUCGUAAACCAAUCCGUGCGGUUGCCGCUCUCGAUCAACCUCGAGUUCAGAGACCACCUCAGCUAUCCAGCGACCACGACUCUAUUUUCUCUAACCUCCCCGAGGUGGAUCCCACGCGAUACACAUACGCCCCUCCCAAUUUCCACCUUCUAAUGGUUCAAUUUGAGAAACGCGCCCGAGCUGCCCACGCUAUGGGUUCACCCCGGACAGAUCUCCUCCUCAGCCUGAGUCGACUCAACGUAAUCCGCGCAGCGUACCAAAACGCAGUCACCGCCGGCAUGACCAUCGAAUGGAUGUGUCGCGAUGACGCAGUUUCAAUCUUUAGUAUAACUGGCCCUCAUUCACCGCAAUAUACCUUGAGCACCAUCCCGGAGCGGUUGCGGCCGACCCCCGUGCAGCGCACUGUGCCGCAUCACCCUUGGCUGGACAUCUUUCCCUUUGAGCAAAUGCGCGAUAAUUUGAUUCGCGCGGGGGAUUUGCUCGAUGGUCAUGGGUUCUGCCAUGAUCUAACCGCUUUCUGGGAUACGCGCAGCAGCAGCGCAACAUUACUCGUCUGGGGAGAUCCGUGGGAUCCAUCGAAUUGGGAGGUCACGGAGGAAUUCGCGCGGAAGUGGGGGUACUUUCUUCGCGGAUGUCCGGACAUUCUUGUUUCGACGAAUAAGUGGAGAGCUCGGAGGAAUGAAAAGCCUCUCGCUUGGCGGAGGGUGUUUGGCGAUUAUCUGGGGUAG